AAAGGAAGAAGACCACCGGACUCCAUCACUGGCGGCGGCGGAUUGGAGCAGAGGAAGAAGACCACCAGACUCCCCAAUGGCGAUCAAGGAUAGCAAUGAGAUGGGCACGGAGGUGCUCCCGGCCGUUGACAGCAAGGGCAAGCAGCCCCUUCACCCAAUGCCUGGCGAGGUUGAGCUGCCGCCCACCGCUGAGGAAGACCCGAAGACGCCUGAGGGUGGCGACGACGAGGGCAUGGAGGAUCCCCCUAGCAACAAGCGCCGCAACUACGGCCACUACCAUCAGGAGGAUGGCCCAACUCACUUCUGCAAGGUCAUCCUUGCACCGAAGCUUGAGUGCAUCCCCAUGCCCCUGGACUUCACCAAGCACUUUGUCGCAGUGCCGACGGAGUUCAAGCUCAGGAACAACACAUGCUGCUCCUGGAAGGUGACAGUCAAGCUGAUGAACGGUAGGGUGACCCUAGAUCAGGGUUGGGCCACCUACGCAGCCAUUCAUCAGAUCAAGAUUGGCUACAUGGUGACGUUCAAGCUCCUCACUCCCGACACCCUCAAGGUCAUCAUCUUCGACAAUGAUGGCAUUGAGGUCGUCAACAAGUGCGGGAAGCACGACGAAGCCUUCGCCGCCAAGGAGUAGGGCCGGGGCCUCCCUAAGUACUAUGGAGUCUGCUAUGGUUUAUGCGUAGAACUGUUAUGAACUGUCGUACUGCUUAUAUCUGAAUUAUCUAGUUCAUGCUCUGUUUAUACUCUGUUGUGCUUAUGAUGUGUGUUGCCAAAGUGUAGUGGUAACCUCACCAACUAGCCA